AAAAAGGAAAAAGGCCUGCUCAAAUAGAUCCCGCCUGCUAUCAGAAUUCAAAAAAUCAAACGUACUGUUUGGCCUUCCACUUUUAUAGAGAGAGAGAGAGAGAGAGAGAGAGAGAGAGAGAGAGAGAAUCUGAGAUAUCUAUGGCCGUCGUGUCAAGAAAAAUCGCCGGAGUCUCCAACCCUUCCUUCUCCGGCGCCGACGAUCCUCUCCUACCUUGGCUCCGGUCAAUUUACGAAUCACUGAAAACUCAAAGUUCGAAUCAGCUCAACGGUUUUACGGAUUUCGAUUUGCUCGUAGCCAAUUGUAUUAAUACCUUCAAAUCCGAUCCCCGGUAUCGAGAUGACAUCAGAUUUCUCAAGAUAUGGUUCCUCUAUAUGGAUGGUAGUUCGGAUUAUGAAAGGGUUUAUAAAGAAAUGGAGGAACACAGGAUUUGUGUGCACAAAGCUCUGCUUUAUGAAUCAUUAGCAUUGUUUCUCGAAGCAAAAGGCAGGUUGAUUGAUGCUUGUAUGGUUUAUCAACUUGGCAUCUCGAGAAAUGCUGAGCCACUGGGGAGAUUAAAGAAAGCUCAGGUGCUAUUUCUCGAGAGAAUGUCCGAGAGAGUAACUAAUGAAUCAUCUGAGAAGGUUGGAAACGGCGUUUCUGCAGAACAGGGUGAAAAUCUUGUUAGUCCGUGGUCUGUCGUAAUCCUCAAAAACUUAUUGCAGAAGAUGAAUGCUCAAGUUGUACAGUAUGAGGGAUACCAUCCAAGUAACAAAGCAUAUCCCGGAAAAGUGGCAUUAUCCACGUUGCUGAAAUCAGCUAGGAAUAAAAGCAUUGAUAUAGGUGGAGAGAAGUACCAGAUUAAAGGAUGUGCAGGACAGGGUGGAUUUGCUCAGGUGUUUAAAGCAUCCGUGAAUGGCAAUACUGACGAUGUUGUUGCUCUUAAGGUUCAAAAACCUCCCUUUCCUUGGGAAUUCUACAUGUACCGUCAACUUGACAUACGGAUUCCAGAAAAAGAUAGGAAGUGUUUUGGCUUUGCUCAAAGAUUGCAUCUCUAUUCGGACUACAGUGUCAUAGUCUCUGAUUAUUUAGCUCACGGGACACUUCAGGAUGCCAUAAACUCUAAUGCAGUUAUAGGUGGGUCUAUGGAAGAAGUAUUAUGUAUUUAUUACACUAUAGAGAUGCUUCGAAUUCUUGAAACUCUGCACGACGUUGGAAUUAUCCAUGGUGAUUUCAAACCUGAUAAUUUGCUCAUGCGCUAUUCCAGGGACGAUCCAACCGAAGAUGAAAAUGAUUUUCGCCUUCGAGAUGGAACAUGGCGUGAUCAGGGGCUAUGCCUUGUCGACUGGGGAAGAGGAAUAGAUCUAAGUCUCUUUCCCAAAGGCACCAAAUUUAUUGGAGAUAGUCGAACUUCUGGCUUUCGUUGCAUUGAGAUGCAAGAAAAUAAGCCUUGGACUUUUCAGGUGGAUAUGUAUGGACUGUGUGUUAUAGUUCAUUUGAUGCUUCACAAUUCAUACAUGGAGAUAGAAAAACGAGCAUCUUUUGAUGGAAACUUCGUCUACCAGCCCAAAUCACAUUAUAAGCGAUAUUGGAAUGUCGAUCUUUGGAAAAAAAUGUUCGAAAAGUUACUGAAUACCGAACCAGCUGAAGAUCACAAGAAGUUGCUGCAAUCUUUGAGGGAGUCAUUCCAGGAUUAUAUGUGUUCUGAUCCAAAGCUAAUUAAAAAGCUGAAACAGUUACUAAUGAAGCAAAGACAAUCCCUCUUAGGCCAAUGAUAUCAGUUUCUUCGCUGAAUCUUUGUGCUACUGACCGUCGAUUUGUGAAGGCAGUGGCAGAUUGGAAUGUUUUAGUAUGGAUUUAGACAAUUUGUUAAAGUAAAAAAUAUUGUUGUACGGAUGGGCUGACAUAAACUGAAGUGCAAAUACGUAAUGUAAACUGAUGUGCAAAUAUGUAUUCAGACAACAUUGUAUCAAUUUAAGUUCAAUUGGCUU